AUGGAUAUUGUACGUCCUCCCCUCACAAUAAAAGAUUUGGCGCUACCCCAUCUUUCCACCCCCCCUCCGAAUAACUUACUACGUACAAAAUUUUUUAAAAAGAACGCAGUUAUUCGGAGAGUGUGA